GCCGUUAUUGCGUCAUGACGCUGAUUAUGACGUUUAUAGAUAGCGGCGCCGUUUCAGACUGGAAUGGGAGCUAGCGAUUUUCCCAUAUUUGUUAGUUUAAUCCGUGAAUGGCGCCGAAACAGGACCCGAAACCUAAAUUUCAAGAAGGUAACCAUUUCUCUAGUGCUGUGUUUUCUGGGCCAUUGCUCUACGAAGCUAAGUGUGUUAAUAACAUAAAGGACAAACAAAUCAAAUACUUUAUUCAUUACAGCGGGUGGAAUAAGAACUGGGACGAAUGGGUUCCUGAGAGCCGAGUGCUUAAGUAUGUGGACAGUAAUCUGCAGAAACAGAAAGAGCUUCAAAGGGCCAAUCGUACAGACCAUUAUGUGGAGGGAAGAAAGGGUGCUGCGCCGAAUAAGAAGAUACCUGCUCCACCGCAGAAAAAUGAUGUGAAAACCAAAAAGAACAAACAGAAGCGUAAGUAUAUCCUCACCUGGGCAGGAGAAGGAACAAGUUCAGGAGGAGAACCAACCCAUCCUCCGCGGAAAAAGAGGGCACGAGUUGACCCAACAGUUGAAAGUGAGGAGACCUUCAUAAAUCGAGUAGAAGUUAAAGUAAAAAUUCCAGAGGAGUUGAAACCAUGGCUGGUGGAUGACUGGGACCUGAUAACACGGCAAAAACAGCUUUUCCACCUUCCUGCCAAAAAGAAUGUUGACACAGUCCUUGAAGAUUAUGCAAACUACAAGAAAUCGAGAGGAAACUCUGACAGCAAAGAGUUUGCUGUAAACGAGGUGGUCGCUGGUAUCCGGGAAUAUUUCAAUGUCAUGCUUGGGACGCAGCUUCUCUACAAAUUUGAGAGGCCGCAGUACGCAGACAUCCUCGCCAACCAUCCAGACACAUCUAUGUCUCAGAUCUAUGGCGCUCCUCACCUACUCAGACUCUUUGUGAGGAUUGGAGCGAUGCUGGCGUACACUCCGCUGGAUGAGAAGAGCCUUGCACUGCUGCUCAGUUAUCUACAGGACUUCCUCAAGUAUCUUGUAAAGAACUCUGCUUCGCUCUUCAGCAGUGACUAUGAGGUCGCCCCUCCAGAAUACCACAGAAAGGCAGUGUAAGGUUUUUUUUUUUUUAUUUGAGGAUCUGAAGCCUUUGUGUGCUGACGUUUGGAAACAACUUUUCUUACCUGUCGAAACGAUGCGAUUUCACAAAAAGCCUUCGGAGGACGGAUUGUGCGAGAUCUGUUGAUUUUUUUGUGGACAAAUCAGAGCGAGAUGUCACACUAAUCCCCGGACAAAUUCAUUUUCUUUCAUGUGGAAAGCUGCUGAGUACACUUUUCCUGUAUUGGUAUGUUUUUGAAUACCACUAUUAGUUUUAAUUGUACUUGUUUUUGUCCCUUUGUUUACAAAGAUCUUUUGAAAAAGGAAUUUCAUCUGAUUAUUUUUUAGAUUUCUGUUUGGUUCAGAUGCUGGCUAAAUUUGUCUUGUAGGCUGUCAUCAUUUUCUAAUAAAAGUCACCCAUUCUCGAGUCGU